AGAUUCGAAUCGAUUGGCUCGAGAGCGCCCUCUGCCCGUUGAAUUACUGUCAAAGUUGCGUUUGCCAACACAACUGCAGAAGUUCUCUCGGGUGGUUUUAAUUGUUGUGUGUUGUGAUAAAUUUGCUGAUCCAUCAUGCCUUCGCGAUGUGUUCGCCGUCGGGCGUUCAGGGUCCGUAUAUUCCAAGUGCAUAAGCUUGAGAGGAUCUUCAUCACGGAAGCUAUGACGCAGGUCGGGAGCUGGAACAAACUGUUCAAUGAUAUCGUGUCCCGCGAGGAUGUCCGACUGAGGGUGAUGCAAGAACUUAUGCGAGACCCGCAGUCUGGGGCAGCUCACUAUUUGCGGGAUCUGCGAGCUCAGAACCUGAGCCCCGAAGAAUUUGAACAGCAGGGCUUGAAAAGGCUGAUGCAAAUAUCGCCCUCCCAUCUCACGGACCUUUAUGUGAAGACCCAGCCUCUGAAGUAAGCUGUUCAGCAGCAGCAGCUUCAAGGGAGCUUCAGCCGCAGAACACCGCGCGCUGCUCAUCAAUAUCUUCACUUCUUUCCAGUAGCGUCUGUCGUAUUUCCAUUUCAUCUUCGAUACUCAAUUUUAAAUUCAGUCGUUGUUGGUGUUAUCUUGGUAGCUAGUUAAAUGUUUGAUUUUUUCCAUAAACGGGCUGAUGCUAGGUCAAUUUACCUGAUAUUGGGUCAUCUUGCCCCAUAUUUGGAUAUAGGUUCAAUAAAGAAAGAACCUUUGUAUUACAAAAACGAUCGAACUUAAUGAAACAAGGUCUGGCAAUGGUAGUCGUCGUUACAACGAUCACCAUUCUUAACAAACGAAUUUGGCUAACGUUAAAUGAUAAUGUACUGCUCUCGAAUAGGUUUUUGAAAGAAUAAAAUAUAAAUAUGAAUUAUUAUCAGUAGAAUUUUUCGUCUUUUAGUAGGUAUGUAUCCAAUGUAAUGCUCAAAGCAUGAUUACUUAUUUAGCCUUAGAUCUAUUUAGAAUCACAUUAUUAUUGAAAAAAAAUAAACAUAAACGGUCAAAAUAAGCAACAAGAAAUCUGAAAAGAAGUUGGAUUUUAAAAAAACUUAACAAAUCCAGACUUCUAAUACAAACCCGUGAAUGGAAAAGACCCAAUUUUUCUGACCGUCCUCGUAAAACCUCAAAACUUUAAUGCCAAAGAAAUCUUACCUAGUCUAACGAAAUAUUCGGCCUAAAUUCCCCAAAGGCGCCUAUUGCUUACCAUGCAGUGAUCCAUCUAGUCGUUUGACGGCCUAGCCCAAAAACGUAUACCGUAAAACGGGGUGAAUAGAAUUCAAAGGGUGAAUAGAUACAGGAAUGGGGUGAAUAGAUGUUAGAAAGAACAUUUUCCCAACAUUUAUUCACCCCUCUUCUGUACCUAUUCACCCUUCGAAUUCAAUUCACCCCGUUUUACCGUUACACCUACGUUUCUCCAGUAAGGUCAUAAUAUACCAUUUAGGCUGUUCCCGAGGUUUUAUGAGGUUAAAGUCAUUUUAAAGUAAUCGUCUAUCGUAAUAGUUAGUAGUUUGUAGGAUUUUAUGAAAUUAUAUAAUUGUAAUUACUCUGAAGGUCUGUUUCAGUACUGCUGAUAAAGUUUGAGCUUAACUGGCAGAUAUUUUAACCCCUAUCAUGUAUAUGAUGAUAAAGUAUGUGCUAGUUAGACUAUAGGGAAAUUGCCCAGGUGUAGUGAAACAGGGUUUUGGAAAGCAGUGAUUCCCGCCCAAAGACGUGUAUUUUGGUUGUAGUAUGUAGCCAGGGUUGUAGUUCUGUAGGAACUAAACUCAUGAGCUCCCUGUAGUUUCUUAAGAAUUACUUUUUAGCUUUUCCCGGUAUAUUAUUAAGACUAUCUUUUAGUUAACAGCUAUUUACAGUAUAAAUAAUCUCUAUUUUUUUAUUUCAUGUUUCUAGUUGGUUUACAAUUAAUUACAUACUUCAUUUUAGAGGAAUAUUUAUUUUAUAUAUAUAUUUUAUUUUAUUUUUUAUUUACGUAUAAGGUAUGUGAGGAUGAGACUAAACUUACGAUAAUUUAUUAAAUAUAUAAUUAUCUUAGUAUAAUUGAUUAUCAUACAGUAUAUUAUAUUUUUGAAAAUUUACAAAAUUAGCCUGUAUCUUUAUAUAGUCGCGGUCGUCCUAGUAUGUACGUGUGUGAUCAGUUUAUUCUGUCCUUCUUUUUAUACGGGUUUUUAUUAAUCUUAGCCAGUCAAGAUACAUUUAAUACUCAUAUUCGUCUCCUAAACAAAUAACAUUAAAGAAGUAUGAAAGAAAGAAGAAGAAGUUUAGACAAACGAGAGAAUAGCAAAGUCAAUGUAUUGACUUGUCAUAACUUUUGACAUUAUUUAUGGAAUGUCAUACUUUUCGUAUUAAUGUCAUUUUUGUCUA